CACUUCUCCUCCAGAGCACGACACUUUCUGCAUACCGCCGGUAUUCGUCCAACAUCAACCCGGACAGCAUCUAGAGCAUCUAAUCCACUAUGAGCGACUCCAUAUCCACCAUUAGCACCCUUCCGCCCCUGCUCUUCGCCUCCGCCCUCUCAGCAUACGGUCUUUACCUGUGCAAGGAAAACAUCACGCGGCUGCAGCAAUACGAAGAGCAAUCCAAGAAGGCAGCAGAAUGGAGUAACACUGCAGCCCAGCGCCUGCACAAGACGCGCACAACGCAGACCAGCGGGACAUUAUCCCUGGCGCUCUCCUUCCUAGCUGCAUCCGUCCUCCCCUUCUUCACCUCCAAACACACCCCCACAACCCUCGGCGUCACCAGCUUGGCGCUCGGCGCCGGGCUCUACACCGCACGCACACAUAUGGCGAACUUCUGGAACGAGUCUACACAGACCAAAAUCCCGUUCGUAGAGAAAUUCAACGAUUCUAUUAGGGGCAGCGAGAGGGUUGUGCUGAUUCUCGAGACACUGAGUUUCAGUUGGGGCGUUGCGGGGUGCGUUUGGGCACUGGGUUGGGAAGACUUGGGAGUGGGAGUUUGGGGAGGUGUGGCGGCUGCGAAGACGGCGUGGAUGUUUAGACAGGGGUGGGGGACGAGUUUGUAAUCUUUGUGUGCCUCCAGCUCUCUUUGAAGAGUUGGGAAGCUGGUGUAUCAUGUUAUAUCACAAAGGAGCUCGUGACUUUCCUAGACAGAUCUUGGAAAGAUGAUUUGGAAAGAUCGACGUCCAAUUCAUGUAUAUACCCAAAGUAGUCUAUCUCAUCUCCUGAGGCUGAUAGAGAAUUUAUGAAUCUCCCCAAG